AUGUCAGGAGAUUUGGAUACACUAGGGAGUAAUGAAGAACCUAGUUUUGAUCAAUAUGGAGGAAACACAUCAUCUAAUUCUUCCAUGAAUAAGCAAGUUACAUCAUUUGAUUUGAAUGAAGAAGCAAGCAGCCAAGAAGAUAUUGAUCCAUGUUUUGAAGAUGACCAGAAGUUUGAAGAAGGAAGUUCAUCAAAGAACAGAAAGGGUCGGGUUAGACAAUAUGUGCGCUCCAAGAUGCCUAGACUUCGUUGGACUCCUGAACUCCAUCAUGCUUUUGUUAAUGCUAUUGAAAGGCUUGGUGGACAAGAAAAAGCAACCCCGAAGUCUGUUCUUCAUCUAAUGAAUGUGAGAGGACUAAGUAUCGCUCAUGUGAAAAGUCAUUUGCAGAUGUAUAGAAGCAAGAAGCUUGAUGAUUCUGGACAAGUAUUAUCUCAGAGGGCUACACAAACGAUGCAAGGAAGACCACAUAUUUAUAGCAAUUUGUACUCAAGAGGUACUCCCUUCCAACAUUUGAAACUAGCAAAUGGUGGGAUUGUUCUACCAAGCACUUUACAAGAGGGUGAUGAUCACUGCAGAAGUCAUCUUCAUGAUUCUGGUUUUCGACCAACACGUGGUAUCCACCAUUUCUUAUCGAGGCACCAAAUAUGGCUAUCUAAUCAAAUUCAAGGGUCUUCACCGAUGAGAAGAGAUUUUGGAGAUGGAAACAAAAUGAUGAAAGAUAUUUUGAAUAAUAUGCCAGAAAAGCCAUCUGAUGCAAACAAAUUCCAUGGAACUAUGAGAUCUAGCCAAUUUCUUGAGGAGAAGAAGUGGCCACAGGAUCAAAGAAAAGAUAAAUGGUUACCUAUAACAACCAUUUGCACCAGCAGUUCCACCUCCGAUCCUUUCGGUCUUUCUCAAUGUCAACAGUAUUACAGAGAGAGAGCGAGGAUGCAUCAUUCUCAAUCAGCUUUCAAUGAUUCUACACCAUUAUUGAAUUCACAAUCAAAAGCCGCAUUUCUACUUGAGUUAAAACAAGAUAAAGGGUGGAAGGAUAAGGAAAGGAAGGCAGAUUUGCAGCUUAGUUUGAGCCAAAACGAAGAUGUAGAUGAAGAGAAUAAUCAUCAAAGGAGUACUCCUGAAAUCAACACUAUGCUAUCACUUUCGUUGAAGGAGACAAAAACCAACCUAGAGUGAGUUAAAUAGUUUAUAUAUAAACGUAUGUUACACGAGGCUAGAUUGAGACGAGUACUUAAGAUCUGACCAAGCGCAUGGAUAGGCAUAGGAGCUAGUGAGAUCUUCUAAGUACUUGUUUUCAAAAGCUAUUAUUUACAUGGUUUUUUCUAUCCCAUAUGACCAGGAAAUAUUUCGGCUGUAGUUGUACGUAUUGACAUGUAAAAUGGACAAGGU